AUGUCCGCAAAGAAGAACCGCAUUACUCCGUUUAUUGCGGGAGAGGCUGCGCCUGGUCCCUCGCACACUAACAGGCCAGCCUUGUCCCAAAUCAGCAGCAAUGUCCAGUCUAUGGGUGCGUCCCUUAAACGCACCAAUGUUGGCUAUCUAGGACUGCAACCUAAGCAGCAGUGCCUCGACGAUGGUGUGCCGGCGGCCCGCACCCAAGGCGCUGCACAGCCGGUCACAUCCUUGGACCAGACAUAUCAGUAUGUGUUUCUGGCUCCUGUUGGUGUGCCAAGUGUGUCCCCAAAUGCACUUACGGCGCCCAUUGGUGUGCCCGCCUCUCCGUUCGAAGCGCCCACGGCUGCAGUGAGUCUGCAGGGUGCAGACACUGGUGCGACUCGCCUGGACAGUGGGCUUGAGGCCACCAUCGAUGUCUCAGACACCAUCUAUCAUGAGGACAUUGUUGUGGCCUCUUGUGUCGAGGACGAUGGUCUCACCCACAGAGACAACACUGUGAGGGAACCUUUCUGUGACCCUACUGGUAUUAUACGCAUCGGCCCACAACCUGUGGCCGCUCACACCCACGAUAUUCGCUCUGCGCCCUGGGAGUACGCCAAGAGCAGCCUCGAGAGAAGUGUCAACAAGAAUGGCCAGCGAACAGACGCUAAGAUUUCCGGUGUCACACCUGAAUCUGUCAGGGCUCAAUGUGAGGCGCUCACCCACAGCUUAGCUGCCACUUUGGUCUAG